AUGUCCCAACACCCCAAUGUCCCAACACCCCAAUGUCCCAACACCCCAAUGUCCCGACACCCCAAUGUCCCUGUGCCUCCCUGCCCCGACAGACCAGUCACCCCAAUGUCCCAAUAUCCCGACACCCCAAUGUCCCAACACCCCAAUGUCCCAACACCUCAAUGUCCUGACACCCCAAUGUCCCAAUAUCCCAACACCCCAAUAUCCCAACACCCCAAUAUCCCAACACCCCAAU